AUGGAUGUUCAGACGCACCCUCGAGAAGCACGUAUCUUCUCGAUCUUGAACGACAACGAUUGUCCAUCUUUUGUCAUUCCCAAGAGGCAGCCAUCUCCUACUCCGUCCAAGUCUUCCGUCUCCAGCUCCCCUCGGCAGAGGGCUGAGAGGCCGACUCUCCAGUCUCAACCGGCCUACGCUCGUACCUCCUCCUUUUCCUCGACCGGCUCUCCACCGCUCUUGCGCCUCUCAUCGUCCUCUUCGAAGUCGUCGAGUUCGAGCAUGGACUCCUCUCCAUCUCCGGUAACUCCGACCUACAACUACAUGGACAGCACACUCCAACCCUAUGACCUGCUGAUACGCCAAGACAUGGCUGGCUACCUACAAUCUCCCAUCGCCAUCACUCCAAUCCUGGAACAACAGAUGUUGAUCGUUCCAAACAUGCCUGACCCAUAUUCCUCCAAGCCAAUUACCCCUACUCAACAUCCGAUUGCCCCGGCGCCUCUCCACCCUCUUCCACACUUGCCUGCAGGUCCUCCCUCCCAUGCGUCCGUACCACCUCCACCCACCUCAGCUCCUUCGAGCCUCCAAUCCAGAACCUCUCCAGCUAGAGCAGCGGCUCCUAGCAGCACAAAAAAGAACAAAUAUCCCUGUCCAUACGCGCAAUCGCACAAUUGUCAAGCCACAUUCACAACCUCCGGUCACGCCGCGCGCCACGGCAAAAAACAUACCGGAGAGAAAGGCGUACAUUGCCCCGUCUGCGAUAAGGCAUUUACGCGGAAAGACAACAUGAAACAACACGAACGUACACAUAAAAACUCUACAUCGGCCAGAAAUAGCGACGAUUCGACACGUCGAAGCAAAGCCGCCAUCACCAAAGACGCGCAAAAGGCCAAACAACCCAAAAAGGCGGACGCAACGAUUCCGGACACGAGUCGACGAUCCAGCCUGAUCCAUUCCCCUUUGUCCGAGGUUACUUCUCUUGCGCCCACGGCCAUUGAAACGCCACUGAAUGGAGAGGACCCGACCUUUUAUAGCGAGCCAUCCCGAAUGUUCAUGCCGAUCCAGACCAUCCCAGAGGGCGUGUCUCCAAACUCCCUCUACCCACCUUUGAGUGAGGAUUCUCUCUUGGCUCAUGCUCCUGAUAUGCAAGUACUCGACAAGUCUGCUGAUCUAGGCACUGGAAGCAAUGCUCCGAUGCCACCAGCAACCCCACGAGGCUUCUCGGACCUGGACACCCUCGCGCAAGCCGCUGAAAGUUUCAAUCCUUACUAUCAACAAGGCUUGUAA